AUGCAUCAAUGUAGAUGUCUAACGAUCCUUUUCGCCUGUAUUUUGUAUAUGGUGUGGGGUUUACCUUCUUUGGAAAUGUUACCGCGGAUGAUCGCUUAGGCUUUGGUUGGAAAUGAAACCUUUCCAGCCAUUAUUGGCCACCCUCGCCGCCCCCAAACCCCCGUCUCCUCUCGCCGGAAACAUGAGCAAGAGGCGGAGGGUCAAGCCUCCGCUGCAGCCUCCCUCCACCCCUCUUCCUUCUUCUCCAUCGCCGUCCCCGCCGACGAAACGGAAGCAUGGCUCGACUGCUCCCCGUCUCAAGCCCCAGCGAUCCCUCUCCGCCCCUUUGGCCGAUGCUGCUUCUGGAGAAUGGGAGCUCCUCCCUGUCUCCCGCUCCGAGCUAUCCCUCUCCCUCACCUUCCCCACUGGCCAGACCUUCCGGUGGCGCCGCACCGACCCCUCCCGCUUCACCGGCGUUGUGGGGCCCUACCUCCUCUCCCUCCGACACCUCGAGGGCGAUCCCUCUGGCCGCGUCGCCUUCAUGCUCCACAAUUCGGACGGCGGCAGAAGCGCCGCCGUGCGAGACGCCCUCGCCGACUACCUCAACCUCGGCGUGUCCCUCGCCGACCUCUGGAGCCGCUUCUCCGGCGCCGAUCCACGCUUCGCCGAGCUAGCCGGCCAGUUCGACGGCGGCGCCCGUGUCCUCCGGCAGGAACCCGUGGAGUGUGUUUUCCAGUUCCUCUGCUCCUCUAAUAACAACAUCGGGCGGAUUGAGAAGAUGGUCGGCGUGCUGUCGUCGUUUGGGGAAUAUCUCGGGACGGUCGGAGGGUUCGAAUUUCAUGAGUUCCCGUCGCUUGAGAGGUUAUCUCUUGUCACAGAGCAGCAGCUGCGAGAGGCUGGCUUUGGUUACAGGGCAAAAUACAUUGUUGGUGCAGUUAGAGCUCUGCAAGCAAAGCCUGGUGGAGGUGCAGAGUGGCUUGCCUCUCUUCGUGGGUUGAAGCUUGAUGAGGUGAUCGAUGCACUUUGCACUCUACCAGGGGUGGGACCUAAGGUCGCUGCUUGCAUUGCUCUUUUCUCCCUUGAUCAGCACCAUGCCAUCCCUGUCGAUACUCAUGUUUGGCAGAUUGCAACCCGAUAUCUUAUGCCAGAGCUUGCAGGCACACGGCUGACUCCGAAGCUCUACAGAUGUGUGUCUGAGGCAUUUGUGGCCAAAUUUGGGGAAUAUGCCGGUUGGGCACAGAAUGUACUUUUCAUUGGUGAAUUACCUUCUCAGAAGGUUCCUAUUCGAUUAGACGUUGCCACCCUGAGCAAGACAGAAUCUGGUGAUGAUGAAAAACGAGAGACAAAAAUUGCAGUCGCUAAUAUAUUGUCAGACGAUGGCUCAAUCACUAGAGUUGAAGAUGUUUCCUAGCCUUUAGCAAAAUUAUGAUAGCUUUUAACCCAAAUAUGCUGCUGCAUUGGAGUCCUUGGACGUGCUACUGGCUCGCAAUGGAGUUCCUGUUGACAAAUUGCAUUUGGAUGUGCCAUAUGUGGAGGCUUAUCGUGCAGGUAAAACAUGUACGACCUAUUUUGCCUGAAGCUAAAACAUAUAUGCAAUUCUUGACACAGCUAUAUCUGAAAAAAAAUUUCCUGGUGAGUUAUGAACAUUUUAUUUUGGUUAUGAACAUCACGUAACAUUUAUAUUAACUUUUUAUCACUUGAAAUGAGGAUUUUUUUUUGGAAUA